CGGGGAGGCAAAUGAGGAGUUCAGGAGAAAAUGGGACCAUUUGGCCAAAGGUGUGAAGUCCUCACCUAUUUAACAGAACCGUUCGGCACUUUGGGCUCUAACAGCGAAGGACAGUGAAACAACAGGAGCACGGACAGAACCAGGAAACAGGAGACUUUUGUUUUUAACAAGUCAGCAAAAACAUAGAUUGGACAGAGGCAAAGUGAAAGGAGGAAAACUAAGGAAUGAUACUUUGAAACAGUUGAGGAAUCAAAGCAGAAUGCUAGGUGUGGAGAUGUGCUCAGGUUUGACUAUGGGACCUCAGAGGAUUGGAGACUGUCUUUGCAGAGACAGAGAGGCUCCUGCACAUUUACCAAUGUUCUCUCCAGUUUGUGACGUGGCCCCGAGGCUCCUGGGGCCUCCUCCUCCUGUCUCCAACAAUCCGACCUCCAAAAUCCAGAAAGACGAGGUGAAGGUGGAGCUGGAGAAUUCCUCUCUGUGGAAGCAGUUCAGCUCUGUGGGCACUGAGAUGAUCAUAACAAAGAAGGGCAGGCGGAUGUUUCCUGGCUUGAGGCUGAAGUUGUCGGGUUUAAACCCAUCUCUCCGCUACAUCCUCCUCCUCGACAUCGUUCCGGUGGACAACUACCGCUACCGUUUCCAAAGUGGAGGCUGGCAGGCCAUCGGCGGCGCUGAGGCGAGGCUGCCGGCCCGGGUGUUCAUCCACCCAGACUCCCCUGCCGCAGGUGCACACUGGCAGAGCCGCAGUGUCUCCUUCCACUACGCCAAGCUCACCAACAACACGCUGGACACACAGGGCCACAUCAUCCUGCACUCGCUGCAUCGCUACCAGCCCAGAGUUCAUGUGGUUGAAGCCAAAGAUGUUGUGAGAUGGGACAGAGAGCAUCACACCUUUGUUUUCCCUGAAACCCAGUUCAUCACAGUCACCGCGUACCAGAACACCAAGAUCACAGAGCUCAAGAUCAACUCCAACCCUUUUGCGAAGGGCUUUCGAGAAGAUGGCAUGAACAGCAAAAAAAAAAGAGAUGCAAGACAGAAACGCAAACUGACUGUCCUGACAGAAACCGUAGACAACGAUCAUUGUGAAUCUCCCGAGCCUGUGAGCACCGCAGACCUGCAGGCUCUCGCUCUCCCCUCUCUGCCUUCUCUGACCGAGUCCUCCUGCGGGUUGGUGGCCUCCUAUCAAGUCCCGGAGCAGAGCAUGGACCUCGGCCAGGCUUUCAUGACCUCCCAGAUGUCAGAUYUCAGCAUCCCGGGGAGCGAGGGGAUGCAGGAGGUUCAGGGAAAUGAAGCAGCAAACAGUUUGCUUGAAGAGUCAGACAUGAUGCCUUCAGCAACCUUUGAGUCUGACUUCUCCGCUCCUCUUCCUCCAUCCUCCUCAGAUUCAGCCCACCCUCAGCCUUCCUUCCCUCCAAUUGACUACCCUACUCUCCUCCCCGCCACCCCCUCCCUGCAGCAAGCCUCCUUCACCUUCCCCACACCUCCUCACUCUGACGUUUCCUCUCCACGGCUCUCGUUGUCCUCUCCCUCCUCCGCCUCCAACAGCUUCAGCACCGUUUCAGAGCCCCCCCGCGCUCCUGCCUCUUUCUGUGCUCCUCCCAACACGUGUCGGUCCACUCUGCAGGUCUCUGCUGACUCUCUUCACACCCAGCCAAGCCAGCUGCUGCAGGAUGAAGCUGUUUCUGCAGCAGCUUUCCUUUAUCCAAACAUCCUGCAGACAAAUACAGAUCCUGCUUCCGUCGCCACACAAACCUUCGUCAAUCAGCACCAACCUCCAACCGCCGCUCCUGGCUCCUCCCACUCUUUUCAGUUUCCAUCGGUUGCCCAACAAAUGCAAACCCUCUCUUUACCGAGCGCGUCUCCCAGUCCCGCUCUGACCCACCAAACUGCACCUCCUCUUCUUCCUCCAUCCUCUUUCCCUCACUCUUCCUUCCAACCCUCCUCCCUCUUGGCCGUCACCUCCGCAGCCCUUCCUCAGAAUCCCUCGGCCUCCUCCUACGCCCACUCGUAUCCUCCAGUUGGCGCCAUCCCUCACCUCAGUCCUGCCGGGCCCUACCCACCAGAGAUGGUACUGACCCGCCCGAAUCUUCUCCCUCAGCUGGAUUCAUCCCUCCGAUCCUCCACCUUUCCAUCAUACCCCCUCCACCUGCACCAGGGCCCUCACCCGUCCCUGUCCAACCACUUCAGGCCUCUCUACAGACAACCUCGACACCCCCACACCCAGAGGUCCUACAUAUCCCCCAGAACAGUGUUUUAGAUUAACGUUAUUUAAAUGUUUUGUGUCAUGGCUCUUUAAGGGGAAAUAUAUAUGUGUAUGUAUGUAUGUAUAUAUAUAUGUAUUCUUUGUGUGAAUACUUAUCCUUUUAUUAAUUCACCUGUUGAGCACGUUGAUGAAAUUCUUACUGGUAUGUAUAUAUAUUUAGAUUUUUGUUUUAAAUAUUCAUGUAUGAAAUAAAAGUCUUCUGAUAGAGGA